CCAGAAUUUACAUUCUUAAGGUGCAGUGAUCAAAGGACUGGCGUUCGUAGACCUAGAUGCGCACGUUGUCGAAACCAUGGAUUAGUGAAUUUAAUCAGAGGUCACAAACGGGAUUGUCCUUAUCGAGAUUGCAGAUGUGAAGAGUGCAUACUUGUUGUAGAGAGACAAAGAAUCAUGGCAGCGCAGGUGGCUCUCAAGCGGAAGCAAAACGCAGAGGACAGGGAAAUGGAAGCCAUGCGAAAUGCAUUGGAGCCUGAAAUCCAAUCAUUACAAGGAAGUGCUGUCGACCUAACUUCAACACCAAUUCCUAAAAGUAAUUUUUCGCCAUUAAAUUAUAUUUACUUAUAA